UGAUGUGGGGCAUCCACCAGAGCUUCAACUUCACGCGAAAAAGAAAACAAAACUUGCCCGUAGCUGCGCUCCUUCCUCGACUGUUGGAUUUAUCCCCAAUCACUGAAUUAAGUGUCCAGAAGGCUAGCUGCCUGAGGUUUUGCUUGAAAAUUUGGUCAGGAAAAUAUUGGAAGUUGUAGGCAACAGACAUGAUGUGGUAGUUUUGCCUCAUCCAGAAUGUCAAUUCUAAGUCUGAUCAACCUCCAUUCAUCACUCAAUGUACCAUCCAACCGCUGCUUUAACCAGAUAAAUUUUGACUGUCAUAUCUAUGUCGUCGUCGCCGAUUGGGAAAGUGGCGUGGGAGGAUAGGAGCAAAGAUCCCCCAAAUGGAGGUUUAUUUCUGAUUUUCCCAAACAAGACGGUCCUCGUUGGCCGGGAUGAGAACAGAAACCACGUCGCAUUCGCAGACCUUGUGGUCUCAAGGUGCCAUUUGGAAAUCUUCUCCGUCGUCGUUGAUGAACAAUAUGGCCACCCGCCCCUUGUCUUUGUGCGUGAUCGCGGAUCCUCGAAUGGGACUGCUGUGAAUGGCCAGCUCAUUGGAAGGGGAGCUGGGCUUUCCCCGUCAAGGUUGCUCGAAGAUGGAGAUACGAUCACUGUUGGAGCGCACCCUCAUCUGAGGCUCGGGUAUACCCUGCUAAUGAACUCGUGUAACUGGAGACAUUCGUACGCCCUCACUCAACUCCAGCGCCGGGAAAUCGAGAUGUUCAAGGACCGAUACGUAGUCACCGAUCGCACCAUUGGUGAUGGUGCUCAUGCCAUUGUCUUUCUGGCCGCAGAUGUGGAAACUGGACAGCAUGUCGUCUGUAAAGUCCACGACAUCAGCAGAUACUCCCGAACAUCCAAGGAAGUAGAGAGGAUUCGCCAAGAGGCAUCGUUAUUGAGCACACUGGACCACCCAAACAUACUUCCUAUCAAGGCUGCAUUUGAGACAGAGCAGACGAUAUAUGUGAUCACGGAACUAGCGACAGGCGGAGAUCUCUACUCGCUGCUUCUGAGAUACAACAAAUUAAACGAGUGGGCGAUCCGAUCUAUUAUGCGGCAAGUUCUCCGAGGGGUCGCCUACAUCCACAGCAAAGGCGUCGCACACCGAGACAUAAAGCUUGAGAACAUCCUGUGCGGUGUGACACCGCAGGUGCCGUAUCGCAUCAUGCUCUCAGACUUUGGGGACUCGGGCAUUGCCGGCCCCGGGAGAUUGAAAUCCAAGGUCGGGACUCGGUUCUAUCGACCACCUGAAUGUGAUGUUCCGAACCAAGGCCACGGUUUAUCAGUCGACAUCUGGGCAGUGGGCAUGCUGUCGCUGCAACUGAUUCUUGGGUAUGAGGAGCUUCCAGGUCUCGACUCUGUGGUUUUCAAGAGCCAAGGGGAAGUCGACACGUACCUGAGCACCAUCUUUGCUGUUCUCGGGCCCCAAGGCUCGAUUUCUGAAGCUGGCCAGAGCUUUAUCUGCGGCUGUCUGGCUUAUGACAGCAAUAGAAGACCAACAGCACGCCAGGCCUUCUACCACAGAUGGUUGCAAAACCCGGAAAGUGAUAGGAAGAUGUUCAAGCGGCUGGAGGCUGACAACGCAAUAUCAUGGAAACCUCAACAAGUCAAGUUCCCGGUGAUUGAGGACCUGACGACCAUGCCGCUCGGGGGCGACGAAGGUGGAGGCAUUGCCAGCAAAAGACAGAUGGCUCUACAAGCCAAGAAAGCAUGUCAGCACAGCGCCGCCAACCGCAUUGGAGCUUAGGCAGUCUCAAACCAAAUCUACCCUCAACUAAAUACGACCCCCAGAAUAGCCACCUAAUUAGAGCUUCGAACUAUCAGUCCUCAUUCCCUCAUCAUCUUGCUCCUUGACCGUCAAAUCCGGCAGUUCAGCC